AUGGAAAGGAGACAAGAAAUACCUCACGAAGGAGCAAUGUGUGAUUUGUUAUGGUCUGACCCUGAUCCAGCUACAAAUGAUUGGAAAUCAAGUCCUCGUGGAGCUGGUCAUGUUUUUGGAGAAAGUAAUGUUGUGAAAUUUAAUCAUGCAAAUAAUAUAGAUUUAAUUUGUAGAGCUCACCAAUUAGUUAAUGAAGGAUAUAAAUGGUGUUUUGAUAAAAAAUUAGUUACUGUUUGGUCUGCACCAAAUUAUUGUUAUCGUUGUACAAAUGAUGCUGCUAUCUUUGUUAUUAAAGGAGAGAAUAAACAAUUCUUAACUUUUAGUGCCUCUUCUGAUCCAAAUAGAGCUGCUGUACCAAAUAUUCCAUUACCCGAAGCAUAUCUUUAA